GAGAAACUUACAUGUGCAACAGUCGCGAUGGAGACCGCCUCACCUGUGCCUGUCAUGUCUUAAAAUAUAUACUAGCUCGAAAAAUCACCCUCAAAAUGCGGCCAAUACAAUUCUUAGUGAUUCAUCUUCUCACAUUGACGUUAUGCAGUGCUCAAGUGACGCCCAGUUUUGGGCGCUUUCGGCCGAGUAAUCGCCAGAGACAGCCCAUCAUUCGGAGACCGCCUCCGCCGGAGGAAACCUCGCUAUUUGACUCCAACGGGGCUCAAAGACCGCCUCGACCGCAGAUUGUUGGCAUAAAGAGUCGUCGUGUUUUGCCCAAUCAACCGGUUUUUGCCUCCAAUGAAAUCAAUAUUGUUCCGACUGAGAGUGAAUCCGGAUCUCCGGGUAACGAGGCUGAGUCCAAGAUCAUCAACGAUCCGCCGCCACUGACUAGACCCUCGUUGAACCCCUUUCGACCUCAAAACCGACCGCGACCACGACCUCGGCCUCAACCUCGGCCGGACGUACCUCUGCAACCGGAAGUUGAACCGGAAAUUGUGCCACCACCCAGCCUUACGGAAAUUCCUCUUCAACCUCCUCCAUCCAGACCGACCUCAAGACCCUUCCAACCUCCUCCAUCCAGACCGACCUCAAGACCCUUCCAACCUCCGCCCAAUGCUCCUAUUAGAGCAGUGCGACAACCUCAAACUGGGAUCGGCCCUUCAAACGCCAUCAAUCAGCCACCAAUUCUAACCCCAGGGGGAGAUUUAUUAGGAUUUGAGCUCCCUGAAGACACUCCAGUGGGAUCCGUGGUGUACACGCUCAAAGGAGAGGAUCCCGAGGGAUCACAGGUGUUCUACACCAUCAGUGGGGAUUACUUCAGCAUCAACAAAGCCACUGGCGGCAUUACCUUGCGCACUGCUUUGGAUCGCGAGGUUGCGGAGCGUAUUGAAGUGGUCAUCACCAUUCAGGAUGAGGCUUUCAACUUGAUCCCUUUCCGACGCGAGAUUCUAGUCUUGGAUAAGAAUGACAAUGCUCCUGAGUUCCUAAGUGCACCUUACCGUUUCACGUUGAAUGAGACGGUGCCUGUUGGAGAAGUGGUGUUCACCUCUAUCGCCAUCACGGAUGCUGACAAGAACGAAAAUGCCAAAAUCACGUUGGAAUGCGAAGAAGCCGAAUCGAGAGAUGGAGUUUGCGAGACGUUUGCAGUGGAAGCUCGGGAGUUGUCAACCGGGUCGUAUGUGGGAGUGAUUUCCUUGAAACGACCCUUAGACCACGAGGAACGCUCGUCGUACAACAUGAUUCUCAAGGCUCGGGAUUCGGCUUCCGAAGGAGAAAAUCCCCUGUCAGCCACCACAAACGUGUUUAUUAACGUCGGGGACAUUCAAGACCAGAUCCCAACCUUCAUGAAUGCUCCUUAUUCCACCACGGUUCAAGAAAACACGCCGUCGGGGACGUCAAUAUUUCAAAUCCUUGCGAGGGACGGUGACACUGGUAAGCCGAGAGACAUUGAACUCUCGAUAGUGGGUGAUACUCAAGAUUUCUUUGUGCUGGACCCACCAGAAAAGUCUGAGAAUGGAGUUUUUUCAACCAUUUUGCGAAAGUCUGACACCACAAAUCUGGACAGGGAGAUGGAGGUCAUUUUGGCUCAGGGAGGCCUGUAUGCCUUUCAAGUUCGAGCCCGAGAAAUUGUAGAGAAUGGAGUUUAUGGAGAUGAAGCUGUCAGUAACGUGACUGUGGUGGUCACAGAUCAAAAUGAUGAAAUUCCAGAGUUCAAUGGCGCUAACUUUACUGUGGCAGUCCCAGAAGAUGUUGGUGCGGAUACUCCAUUGCCAGACCUUAAUAUCCAAGUGAAUGACGCAGAUAUCUCAAGGAAUUCAGAAUAUGACCUGAUAUUGGAAAAUGUGCUCAACUCAGAUGGCGUAUUUACAGUUUACCCAACAAGAGCUCAAGGCCGGACACCAGUGAUCAUCCGGGUAGCAAACCCAGCACGUUUGGACUAUGAGUCAGAGCAAGGCAGAAACUUUGUAUUCAAUGUGAAUGCCGUUCAAGGUGGCAAGAUCAUGUCCAGUGUUACUGUUAAUGUGAUUGUCACUGAUGCCAAUGACAAUUCACCCAUCUUUGAUCAGCCAAUUUAUGCUUUUGAAAUCCCAGAAGAUCUCUCUCCAGGCUCAGGAAUUGGUUCAAUAACAGCACUUGAUGCCGAUUCCGGUCGUUUUGGUCAGGUUGAAUACGGCUUGAAUGGCUUUGGAUCGGAGAAAUUUGACGUCAAUCCAAUUACGGGAGAAAUAUCUGUCGCACCCUGUGGUGCAGAUUUACUCCACUGUCUCGAUUUUGAGACCCAACAAACAUUCGUACUCACCUUCACUGGAACUGAUGGUGGCGAGCAGGUCUCAACCACGGCUUUGCACAUUCGAGUGCAAGAUGUCAACGACAACUACCCUAUUUUUGACCAGGACGAAUAUUUGCGAGUGGUCGAAGAGCAUGCCAUGGUAUUCGACGUGCCUCUCAUCAUUCAAGCUCGAGACGUCGACGGACCCGCCCAAGGGGGCGGGAAGAUCUUCUACAACAUUCAUUCCAUCAAUUCGGAGUCCACUGUAUUCAAGAUUGACCCUCUGACAGGAGAAAUGUCGUUCGUUCAGCCAGCCGAAGAGACCGAUACCGAGAAAGGUCGUUACGAGAUCGUUGUACGAGCCACCGAUGGCGGCAAACCACCUCUCUCUAAUGAUGUGGCCGUGGUGGUGAAAGUGGGAUCCAUAAGUAACGAGAAGCCGCUCUUUGAGCAACCUCUCUACGAGUUUAUGGUGAAAGAAGACGCCAUCAAGGGGGAAGCUGUGGCUCAAGUUUCGGCCACUGAUCCAGAUGGCGAUAACGCACAAUUGAGAUACCACAUUCACUCUGGUGCCAAGGAUAAUUUUGUGAUUGACCCUCGAUCGGGAGAAAUUUCGGUGGCUUUGGAUGCAGAUUUAGACAUUCAACGGAAUGGGGAUACCUACGAAAUCCGAGUGCAAGUGGAUGACAGUGGCACGCCCUACAAGCAAACUGGCGAAACUCUUGUCCGAUUCACUAUUCAGGACAUCAAUGACAAACCUCCCAAAUUUGAACAAGAAUCUUACACCGUGUACGUUUUGGAAAGUGUUCCCGUGGGCGAAACUGUUUUACAAGUGAAUGCCAACGAUGACGAUCGGAACUCGGUGCUUCAAUUCAAGAUCGUGGAUCCCGUCACAGCUCGAGACAAAACCGGAAACACGUUGAGCAACCCGAGUCCUUUCGACUUCACCCGAUCCUUCACCAUUGAUCCAAAUGAUGGUCGGAUCACGGUUCAGGAGCCUCUGUCUCACAACUCGGCCGCUGUCAUCAUCUUGACCGUUGAGGUCAGAGACAUGAAUGCUGAGGAAGAUCGUCGUGUGGACGAAAGCGAGGAUGAAACUACCACCAUGGUCACCAUUGAAAAAGAUCAGGCCUCCACGCAGGUGGAUAAGGCCGAAGUCACUUUCUUCAUUCAGGCCUUCCGAGCGGAUAGUCCCCAAUUUGCCCAUCCUUGGACUCCCAGUGAUCCCACCUUGAUGUUUGAGAUCAAGGAGGAGCAGCCGAUUGGCCAUGUUUUGGUGAAGCUGAGUGCCAAAGAUCCCAUUACGGGACAGCCGAUCACCCAAUUCGAGAAAGUGGCGACCUCGGACCCGGAAAACCUGAUUGACAUAUCCCCAUUGACCGGUGAAGUGAUCAGCAACCAGAUCCUGGAUUUUGAACAAAGGCCCGACGUGACUUUCCAGGUUCGUGCCAUAGCCGAGGACAGAAUCAGCGAUGCCCGAGUGAAGCUCCAAUUGGUCGAUGUCAACGAUAACGCUCCGAUUUUUGAACAAGAAUCCUACGCCAUCAGCAUCCCGGAGUCGACCUUUCCUCUGACCAAGAUCCUGACCGUAAAGGCCACAGAUCUUGAUACCGGUGAUCGUGGGGCAAUUGCGUAUUCCAUCAGUGGUCAAGGAGAGGGCUUCUUCAUCAUUGAUCCCAAAGAGGGACAUCUCAUGGUCAAUGCCGGUCCCCAUGGCAGAUCCCAAUUAGACAGAGAGACGCAAGCCAUCCACGAGGUCCAAGUGAUUGCUACCGAUUCUCCCAAAGGCGGUCCCAGCCAAAAAUCCACGUUGGUCAAUGUCCAAGUGGAGCUCUCGGAUGUCAAUGACGUGCCACCUCAGUUUUUGGAAUCCAGGUAUUCGGCAGUUGUGGCGGAGAACUCGGCUCCAGGGACUCCGGUCACCAUGGUCAAGGCCGAGGAUCCGGAUCUGGGCGGAGGUGGACGCGUGCGAUACAUGUUUCCACCGGGCGUCAACGCGGACAAGAAACUGUUUGCCAUUGAUGAAACCACUGGUGAGAUAACGACCGCCCAAACCUUGACUGGCAAGGGACGACAGACUCCGUACGUGUUGAAAGUUAGAGCCCUGGAUUUCGGGGAUAUUGAAUUGUUUUCGGAUACGGAUGUAUACAUCACCGUUGGGGACGUGUCCAGCAACGACGGAGUGCCUCAAUUUAUCAAACCCGAGCCCAACGAUAUCGCCCACAUUGCCGAGAAUGCCAAUCCGGGGAGUAAAGUCUACCAAGUUGAGGCUUACGAUCCGGAUGAUCCGGAGACGGCCAAUGGAAAAAUCAUUUAUUCUCUGCCCGAUGAUGGGACGAUCAUCCGCAAAUUGUUCCAAAUCGAUCCCAAUAACGGGAUUAUCAGUACCCGCGUCACUCUGGAUCGCGAGGAACGAUCCGAGUAUACCCUAAUCAUCGACAUCCACGAUCUUGGCUCUCCUCCGCAACAAACGUCCCGUCUUCUCAAAGUGGUCGUGGACGAUGUGGACGAUUUCUCACCCGUUUUCGAGCGACAGAGAAAUUCCGUUCCUUUGGAGAUUGAAGUGAUUGAAGAGCUGCCAUUGGGAACGGUGAUCGGUCAAAUCACUGCCAUUGAUGAAGAUGAAGGAGAAAACGGCCAAAUUGAUUACGCCAUCACUUAUGGAAACGAUGACGGCAUUUUUAAGCUCGAGAGGAACGAGAAUAACUCGGCCAUUAUUUCGGUGGCCAAACGAUUGGACCGCGAAUAUGAGCCGGAACAUUUGCUCACCGUCAAAUGCUUUCGUCCCUAUGAACGAAACGUGAAGAGCCAAGAAAAGCGUUAUGAUCCCGCGGCCUUGGAUGAGAUUCAAGUUCGAGUCAUCAUAAUCGACGUGGAUGACAACAGUCCCACUUUUGUGGAGAGGAACCUGACCUUGGGCGUGCGGGUAAAUGCCCCGGUUUACACCACGAUUGCUACAUUGCAAGCCGUAGAUGCCGAUGCGGAUUCAACGCCCAUCACUUACGGCAUGGAGAACAUCACCUACUACAGACCCAGAACAAACACCCUGGAAAUUUUGGACAAUGACAUUUUCCUUGUGGAUGGAUUAACCGGAUUGCUUCAAACCAACCAGACUCUCGGUCGAUUUGCCGAUGGUUACUUCUUGAUCUUUAUCAAGGCCACCAAUGGACGUUACGAUGUUCGAAAUGGAGACUUUGCUCGCUUGAAGGUAUAUGUCUUGCAAGACACGGAGCUCAUGAAGUUCGUUUUCAACCGAAAUCCUUCCGUGGUCCAGGAGAAGAUCCCGGAUUUCAAAAAGGACAUCCAAGAAGCGUUUGCAGAGCCUUUAAAGUUCAAUAUCUAUGAGACCGAGUUCUACAGCAAAUUUGAUGGAAGUCUAGACUUUGGCAGAACCAGCUCAUGCUUCCAAAUUAUUCAAAACGAAAAUUCCGUGGAAUUGAAACGAGCCGAGGAAUUGUUGGAUUUUAGUCAAAAUCCUCCCUUGAAGGAUAUUUUGGAUCGGUACGAUAUCGUGGAUAUCGAGCGUUGUUCCACAUUGAUUCCAUCUGAUUCAAUCAAUUGGAUUGAGGCGUGCAUUAUCGUCAUUGCCUUCCUCAUAGGCCUACUCGCUUUCAUCUCCGCCAUCGUUUUAUGCUGCCUCUACAGCAACUAUAAGCGCAAUAUACAUCGAAGUGCUCCGGUGAAGAUUGUAGAAGCUCCAGUGCGAACCUAUUUACCCACGUCCUUGCCCCCAGGAUCGGUGAGGGCGGCUCCUUCCAUCGCCGGAUCAGAUGGCCGCGCUCUCUAUGAUUGGCAAGAGUCCACCAUUCCCAUGGAUGUGGCCAGUUACCGCAGUCUACCACACCAUUAGUGAUAUGUACUAAUUAUCAAUUUAUUCAAAGUUAUUGUUAACAAAAGUAGAAAUACAGUUGUGAUCUCAAA